AUGUGGCUAAGUCCAAGCAGGAGACCGAACCCCAUCCUUCUCGGGCUCAACCGGACCAGUUUCCACCCUGCCUCCUUCCUCCUCCAGGGCAUCCCGGGCCUGGAAGGCCUCCACCUCUGGCUCUCUAUCCCCACCUGCCUGAUGUACAUCUUAGCCCUGCUGGGCAACAGCGCCCUUCUCUUCCUCAUCCUCCUCGAUCGCAACCUCCACACACCCAUGUUUCUCUUCCUGGCCAUGCUGGCCGGGGCCGAUCUGGCCCUAUCCACCUCCACGGUCCCCAAGACACUGAGCGUUCUCUGGGCACUGUCCCAGGAGAUCUCCUUCCACGCCUGCCUGGCCCAGAUGUUCUUUGUCCACGUCACCUUUAUUGCCGAGUCCACCAUCCUGUUGGCCAUGGCCUUUGACCGCUACAUGGCCAUCUGUCGGCCGCUGCACUAUCCCGCCAUCCUGACCACCGCAGUCACUGGCAGGAUAGGGCUGGCCGCCCUGGGCAGGGCCCUCUGCGUUAUGGUCCCCACCAUCUUCCUGCUGGAGCGGCUGCCCUACUGUGGGCACAGAAGAAUGCCACACACCUACUGUGAGCACAUGGGCAUCGCCCGCCUGGCCUGCGCUCCCAUCGGGGUCAACAUCUGGUACGGCCUGACCACUACCCUGUUGUCACCUGGGUUGGAUGUGAUGCUCAUCAGCACCUCCUAUGGGCUCAUUCUCCAUGCUGUCUUUCAGCUCCCAUCCCGGGAUGCCAAGCUCAAGGCCCUGGGCACCUGCGGAGCCCACUUCUGCGUCAUCCUGCUUUUCUACCUCCCGGCCCUCUUCUCCUUCUUUGCCCACCGUUUUGGCCAGGGCAUCCCCCUCCAUGUCCAUGUCCUCCUGGCCAACCUCUAUGUUCUCCUGCCCCCUAUGCUCAACCCCAUCAUCUAUGGGGUCAAGACCAAGCCUAUCUGGGAGAGAAUGGUUCGCCUCCUGUCUUGUGUCUCUGCAGCUGUCAGGGGUUCAUGA